AUGAGCCAAGACGCGGGGGUCGCGGAGAGUAGUGAUGAUCACAAUGCCUCUUCAGAAGAAAAAGAUUGCCCCAGCCCCAGCCUAGAUACUUCAGGGGACUCUAAAUCAGGCGAGGACAGCAGUUCUGAGAGCGGUUCUGAAUCUGAUAAUGAGGAGGCAAAACCAGAAAAAACAAAUGGGGCGCUAGGAGAGUCUUCCGCCGAGGAAGCGUCUGCUCAGGUUGAAGAAUGGGAGGUUAAAGAAUUGCCCACACAGCAUUUUAAUUCAGAAUCUAAUAAAAUCCAGUCUCACUGUGAACACUGUAAUGCUGAAAAUAAACACAAUGAACUGGUGACUCCCAGGCUUCUUUCCCGAGGACAGUUUUUGCUGAAGGUGGAUGGAGAGGGAACUUACCAGUGCACGGAGACUGGUCUGAUAUUUGAGGUUAACAGGAAAGUUGAUAUCAAGUAUUGCGUCUUGUCCUGGAGCAAAUACUCAGACCUCAUUGUGAAGCCCUGGGCCGUCGGUGGACCCUUGUUUGAUGUUAAAUGUGACCCGCUCUGUCUUACCUCCAUUCAGUUUCCACAUUCCCUCUGCUUGGGUCACCGAGAUGCCAGCAUGACAUUCAAAGUCUUCCACGUUAAAAGUACUGGGGCCUCAUUAGAAUAUACUGUGGACCAUUCUGCCACCCACGUCAAAUGGCGUGUGAGCUCUCUUUCUCCUGUGGGACCUGUUAUUCAAAGCGAAGAGACGGUAUUCCACCACGGGGCGGUGAUCCUGUACAAAGCCAUCGACCAUAAUCCAUCCUUGUCUUUUCGAGUGUAUGUAGCAACCAAUAAUGAAUCCUUCAUCAAGGAUAUUUCCAAGUCUGUAAAGCACUCCUCUAAGAAAUUCAUGAAAAUCGACAAGCCUCCGGUUUGCCAGAAGUUGCUGCAGAAUGGGAAGAAGUACAGGCUGAUCAGUGAGCCAGAAGCUGAGAUCACCCCAGAGGAAAUUGAAUUUGUGGAUGGUUCACUUUUAAAAUUGAAAAGUUAUAUUGAAGUGUAUCUGGAGCAACCAGUGGAGUUUAAAUUACUCUUGGUUGAAAUGGAUUCCGAGGAAAUUGUAUGGAAGGCAAAACUGAGAGAGUGUGACUGGGUUCAGCAAAAUCGGAACCAGAACAUUUCAAAAAGCAGCACAAGUGGUAACAGGCGACGAAAAAGGAGUAACAGCUUACCCGAUGAGAUGGUCUAUGAUAAAAGAAUGAAGCAGAUUGACAGUUCAGAUGGGGUGAAGACUAAAACCCUGUUAACAGACACUCAGUUGUUUAACCUUGCUGAGAGGCUGGGGAAGGAGUGGUUAAAGAUCGCCGUUGCCAACCUGAAGCUGAAUAUUAGCGAAAUCGAUGCCAUCCGGGAGAAGGAAGACAAUGUUACAAUCAGUAAGUUUAAGAUGCUGAAGAAGUGGCAAGAGAAGGAGCAGAGUAAUGCCACAGCUCAGAAUUUAUGUAACUGCUUAAAAAAUGUUGAUUCAGUUGAAGUCCAAGAUGUGCUGAGAGGCUUCUUACAGGAAACGUGA